AUAUCAGACCCAUAUCCAUCCAUACAGAACACCUGUCGGCUCUGUGGACAAAAUCUGCUCAUCAAGGGGACAUUACAGGCAACACGAAGAAUAUUUGACAAUCCCAAAGCCUCAAAGGAAAAAAAGUUGUGUGACAGAUUCCUUGCCACUGGUUUAGUGCUAACUGAAGCACCAGGGGUGAAGUCGGGCAGAAUUUGUGCUAAGUGCUAUCGACUAUUUCUCAGGAUAGAGGAAUCUGUAAGCGUUUUAAAGAAAUGGCAAUCGGAGCAUCAUACACCGGGGACGAGCGAGAAGAGGAAGCGUGAACUGGAGCCGAGUCCAUCUGAAACAGACAGGGGAGCCAAGAAGAAAUGUCCUCCCUAUAAAAAGGUUCCCCCGAGGAGCAGUCUUGUCGAGGUAGUUAUACUAACCAACUAGCCCAACGUUGGACUAAAGGAGCCUAACGUUACUCCUUAGUCCAAGGACCUUACAUAUUCUGUUUAAAGGACGUAUUGGCUCUGGAAGCCAAAACAGCCAAAUACUCCAUCUAAUCGAUUCUCAAUUGCGGUACGGUUCUAGAAACAUAAAUCCAUCUACUUUCAUACACACUUAAUGUACACUGUUUUAACCGGUUUUAACAGUUGCAGCCGACAGUAUAUUUCAGUGACAACACGUUGUUGCAUCGGUCUUCCCUUUACAUACAGGUGUUCGGAGGCGCAGGUAGUCGACUGUGUCUUCUGUCUGUUUUCAGUGAACAAGCUCUGUAACAUGGAAAUAUGGCCGUGUGGGAAUUGUGUGUUUAAAAAAAAAAAGUUAUUUCUCGCCGAUAUGAAAGAUAAGGUUAUUUUAAUGCUACCAAAACCGUACCGCAAGCCAUGCGUGUUAAUAUUCAAGACGGAGCAUAGUGGCUCUUAAAGCAACAUCCAGAACAUGCAUCCCCUAGCUAGCUAUCAAGCGCCCCCCCAUAUAUAUAUAUACACUUGUACUGUAGUAUACGUACCUACUGUAUUUUCAGAAUAAUACUAUUUUAGUUUAUUCAUUUCACAUUAUUUUGCAGGUUGGUCAUAACAUACCCAAACCAACUGGAUCCAAAGCUGAAAAAGAGGGUUGAGAAGGUUUCCUCAGAAUUUUCUGGAAUGGUUGAAAACUUGGCAAAAGGCAAAUUGACGACAUUUGUCAGGUUAGCCUUGACAAAUGAAACCAUAUGUCAAGAAAUCAGAAAGCAGAUGACACAGAAAAUAGAAGCAGAGGUCAAGGCAUAUGCAAGACCCUUAAAUUACUUGACUUCUGCUGAACCUUGCAUCUUGAGUAGUACCUCGUUGGAGAAUCUGAAGGCUUUUUCAUAUGAAGCGUUGGAUGAUGAGUUGUCCAGGAAGACACCGUGGCUUUAUACCACCAUCAAUACUGCAACAGGUGGUUCCACCAUCCAUAACUGUGUGGCUGCCUCUGUGGCCCUGAGAGGUAGAAACCCCAGGCUUUCUGCACUGGCCUAUGUCAUCAACUCAACACUGACCCAAGGGGGGGUUAAGCCCAUUUUCAAAAGACUGUCUAAGAUGGGUAUAACAACCACACAUAGCAAUGUCCUCACUAAGCAGAAGGAGAUGAGGGCAGCUGGGUACAACAACAUCAAAUGCUGGAGGGAGGACUGUGAGCUGUUUUUCCAACACAGUGCCAGCGGAGAAGUCUGCCCCCGACCCCCUCCUACUGCUAAACCAACAAAGGAGGCUGGAAGAGAGGAGGAAGAGGAGGACUGGGGGACCAGUGGAGGAAGAGUUUGAAAUAGAGCUGGACUGGGGUCCACUGGAGGAAGAGGGUGAAGGAGAAGAGGAAGAGUGGAGUCCAGUGUCAGAAGAGACAGAAAGAGAGGAGGACAGAGGAUCAACAGAGCAGGGAGAGACAGAAAGAGAGGAGGAUGGAGGAUCAACAGAGGAGGAAGAGAGAGGAGAGGAGGCAGAGUGGGGUUCCCUGCUAGGAGAGACAGAAAGAGAAGAAGAAGAAGGACGUACAUCAUCAGUGCUAGAAGGAAAUGACAGACAGGAAGAGGACUCUGAUUCAACAGUGGAUUCAGAGACUGAAUACUUUGGAUUAAACCUUACCUGUGAGAGUGAU